UUUGGAUUCCCCGGGGCCUGGGUGGGGAGAGCAAGCGGAGUGCCCCUGUAUCCCCAUUCCCAGCACCCCAUGAGCCGACCCUCGGCCCCAUGGAGCCUGGCAAUUAUGCCACCUUGGACAUGGCCAAGGAUAUGGAAGGCCUGCUGGGAACCGGAGGGGGUCGGAAUCUAGUCACCCACUCUCCAUUGACCAGCCACCCGGCAGCGCCUACGCUGAUGCCCGCUGCCAACUAUGCCCCCCUGGAUCUGCCCGGUUCUGCCGAGCCAUCGAAGCAGUGCCACCCAUGCCCUGGAGUGCCCCAGGGGGCGUCCCCAGCUCCUGUACCUUAUGGCUACUUUGGAGGCGGGUACUACUCUUGCCGAGUGUCCCGGAGCUCGCUGAAACCCUGUGCCCAGGGAACCACCCUGGCCGCCUACCCCCCUGAUACUCCCUCAGCAGGGGAGGAGUACCCCAGCCGCCCCACCGAGUUUGCCUUCUAUCCGGGGUAUCCGGGACCCUACCAGCCUAUGGCCAGUUACCUGGAUGUGUCGGUGGUGCAGACUCUGGGCGCCCCUGGGGAGCCCCGCCAUGACUCUCUGCUGCCGGUGGACAGUUACCAGCCCUGGGCCCUCGCUGGCAGCUGGAACAGCCAGAUGUGUUGCCAGGGUGAACAGACCCCACCGGGCCCCUUCUGGAAGGCGGCAUUUGCAGACUCAAACACGCAGCCCCCUUCUGAUGGCUGCACCUUUCGCAGGGGCCGAAAGAAACGCAUUCCCUAUAGCAAGGGGCAGCUUCGGGAGCUGGAGCAUGAGUAUGCGGCUAACAAGUUCAUCACCAAGGAAAAGAGGAGGAAGAUUUCAGCGGCUACCAGCCUCUCAGAGCGCCAGAUCACCAUCUGGUUUCAGAACCGCCGUGUCAAGGAGAAAAAGGUCCUCGCCAAGGUCAAAACCAGCAUGACCCCUUAAGGGACCUCCCUGGCUGGGUUGGGGGAGGAAAAGUAGGAGUGUCCUAGGGAGACCAGGACCUUGCCAGAACUAGUCUGGGGCCCAGGACUCUGCUGAGGGGCCUCCAGAGGUGACAC